CAUUAAUUGUCUGCUUAGCCAACCACAGUAAUGAAAGAUGGCUGAAUCACACUAGUCACAAGUAUGGUAACGGAUUUCCGCCUUUUAAGAGCCUUCAAUUGGAAAAGUUUCCGGACAUUGAUUUCAAGGACGAUGAGAAUACCACCUCAGGAGCAGCUCCAUUUGCACGAUCAUCGAAGCCAUCUGAAACGACGUCAGUUGAAAGACGUGCUAUAGCAAUCAUUCAAUCCUUACUUGAUUGUGUAGGAGCGAGAUUUUUUGCCUCGAACUAUUUUUUCAUGUUAGAGUCGGACAGAUGUAUCGACAUGAAGCCUCCGAGAUGGGCGUCUCACUUUGACAAAAUGAAAGGUAUCAUUCGAGAACCAGGUCGCUUGCUGGUACAAAUUCCUCCAGAGGACACAACUCUAUCUGUGCCAACCUGGUACAAAGCGAAGGAGCUAAACCUUCAAUUCAUAGACGCAGUGUAUGUAUGUAGAAGAUCGAGUCUUCGUCCUAGUCAAGAGGCAUUUUCGGAUAUUCUAGGAGGGUCAGAGCAAAAUCUUGCAGUUGACCUGCAUGCCAUACUGAUAGCAGGUCUUAGCAUCCUCAGUAUCGCUGGUGGCGAUGGACUUGUUGAAAAACUAGUUAUGGCGAUUCGCUGUGACGAACUGGACCCCGUUCAAAUUAUGUUGCCAUCCAAUAGCAUAUUUAGCGACUGGCAGAUACGCAAUAGAUGCCGGUGUCCUUGUAAUCCAGAGUCUAAUCAUCGUCCACUCUCGCCAGUAGCCGCUGCUAAAGCGGUAGGAAUAAAUGUAUGGCAAAAGCGACAUCCAUACAUCGUAAAUCGAGUAUGGGAUUUGAAGCAAGAUAAGCUAGUGAACGAUAUUGACGUCACAAAGGUUGUGUUCAUAACACAUAGAUGGAGAAAGACCGAAGUCAGAUAUCAGGAUGUAAUGAAAUUAAAACUGUCUCACCGUAAACAAAUUAGCAAGACGUCAGGAAAGCUAGGUCGUAUCUACAACACGUUACGAAAGCAUACGAGAUAUGUAUGGAUGGACACAAUUUGCAUCGACAAGUCAAAUCUGUCGGAGCUUGAUGAAGUAAUUCGUUCAAUGUACAAGUGGUAUGCCAACUGCGCCGCUGUUGUCUUGGAUUCAGGUACUUCUCUUUCUAAAUGGAGCAGCAGAGGCUGGUGUCUGCAGGAAGGUGCUGCAGCUGGAAUUCUCUGCGGAAUAUCAAAGGAAGGAAAGAUCGCCACAAUACAACAAUUGGCCAUUGAGCAAAAACAAGACCUCUGUACUCUUGACCUUCAUCUAUAUUAUCGGCAAGGAAAUGCUGCUGAGAUAUUGGCAAGAAUGGAUGCUCGGCAGCUAACUCGUGAAGAAGAUAGGGCUUAUGCUUUGGUUGGAAUAUUUUCUAUUGACUUGACCUUAGCUUAUGGCGAAGGACUCCGAUCUCGUACAAGGCUAUUGCAUCAGCUAGCUAUUCAGAAAGGCGAUCUAUCAUUCUUGAGCUUCCACUCCGCAGGAGAGACGCUUCAUCACUACUUACCAGCUAUUGGCGAAACCUACUAUAUAAUUGCAAAGUGUACAAGUGCCUCAGCUCCAAUUACUGUCAGUCAUUUCGGCAUGUGUCUUGAGGUCCAAUUUGUCAACGGAGAAGAUGCAAAGCGGGUACUGCGAAAUCUGAAUGAUUGGAGAAAAAUGAGCUUUGCAAGAGGUCGAUGCCUAGGAGCAGAAGACCUUGUCAAGGUGGGAGAACAGCCUAAGUACCAACGCUCGUCGUCUGUAGAGCUCGCUAUCGUACAUGACAUCAGGUCACUUAUUUUGGUACAAGUAUAUGGUGAAGAUAUGCAGACAGGCGGAGGAAAACCAAUCAAACUGUGCUACCCGCUCCAGUGUUGCCAGAUAGAAGAAGAUGAGUUUGAAAGACUUUUCAGUUUGUGUAUUGAUGAACCCAAGGAGCCAGCAGCAGGACCUGAGGAACUGAAGCUGGAAGGCGAAAGCAAAGCAAAGGUAGCAAAUGAAGAUCAUUCCGACAGUGAUAUCCAAUUUGAGAGAAUCUGGUUAGGCGACAUGCCUGAUGGCGCUGAACUAAACCAGCUUGAAAGUGAGAGCGUAGGGCACCGUGGAAGAAGAUACCGAAGGAAAUAUGAUGGGUAGGGUCUAACUCAAAACUUGAUUUAAUAUACUCAUUUUCUCAUUAGGAUAGUACGUUGAGCCACAAUUCAAUAAAAAAGCGUUUAUACCCGCC